UGUUUUACGAGAGCGAGGGGAUCAAGAACUAGCGCGAAUUAUGUGCAUUUGAAAUCUGGAAGGAUGGGCAGGCAGAGGAAGAGAGUGGUGUCCGGCGAGGCUGACCCCCCUCUCACAAGGAAAGACGAGAAACCUGCCACCCUACAACGCAAGGAGAAGAAAAAAAAGCUAGACAUCGGCAAAAUCUUCAUCAAUAUCUCCAUCGGCCUCUGCAUCUUCAGCCUUACCUGGUUCUGCUAUGCCCUUUACAUGCGUUCCUCGCUGGCCAAACGGGUGGUAACUCUCCACCACUCGCCGCCCGUCCUCGAUGCCAACAGCACCAGUGCUGAGGUGUCCCCUGAGAGGUUUUGGGGCUCCUACCGGCCCCAGGUCUACUUUGGGAUGAAAACUAGGAGCCCCAGAUCUGUUGUCACAGGGAUGAUGUGGAUGCGCCAGUUCUCUGAGGUGGAUGUGAACCUCAGGCACACAUGCGAGCAGGGCGACCGGCUGCAGGGCUACGGCUGGCUGAUGCAUGAUGGCCUCAGCUUUGGUGUGCAGGAGAUCCAUGACAGCGACUUUACGCUCACCACGGAGUUUGUCAAGCGGAUGGGCGGUGAGCACGGAGGGGACUGGACCUGGAGGAUCACAGCCAAGCAGCAUAGUUCGGCUCCGCACGCGCCGAUCAUCUCCCUGAUGUUCUAUGCUGCUGCCGACAUCCAGGGUUCCCUGGAGGCCCACGUGGAGGAGAGGAACCGUCUGGGUUCCAUCACUGGGUUCUCAGAGGAGCUGGGGAACUUCAAGAUCACCUUCCGCAAGCCUGUUGCCGGGGAGUCCUCCAGUGCCAAGUAUGCCAGCUACAACUACCUCCAGACCUUGUCGCCAGGCUUGGAGAGGCUGACGGACAUCGUGAGGAACAGCUUGAACCGCAGAUUCGUCUACAGCCCCCCCUCUGGCGAGAAGAGGCAGUACAUCGCGGUGGAUACCUACAAGCCCCCGCACCAGCCGAAACCAGCCGACCCCAGAAAGGAGAGCGACUUUGUCCUGCACCAGGUCACCGUCCAGAUGCCCUUCCAGAUUGAGGUCCUGUUCGAGUCUGGUAGCUUCCGCAACCGUCCCAACCAGCUGUCAGCGGCGGCCAUGACGGAGGAGCUGGAGGAGAGGAAGGCGGCGUUCGAUGCCAAGUUCGAGAAGACGUUCGGUCUCCAGGCCAAAGGCUUGGGCCAUGCCCAGGUGAAGUUCAGCUAGGCGGCGUUGAGCAACAUGCUGGGUGGGAUGGGUUACUUCUACGGCCAGUCGGUGGUCCAGUCGGUGUACAACGAGUACCCGCUGCUCUACCCUGAGGGUGCCCUGUUCACCGCUGUGCCCUCACGCUCCUUUUUCCCCCGAGGGUUCCUGUGGGACGAAGGCUUCCACCAGCUGCUGCUCAGCAAGUGGGACCCGCAGGUGACGCGGGAGGCCACGGCCCACUGGUUGGACCUGGUCAAUAUGGAGGGAUGGAUUCCCCGGGAGCAGAUCCUGGGCGAUGAGGCACGCAGCAAGGUCCCUGCCGAGUUUGUGGUGCAGCGCAAUGAAAACGCCAACCCGCCCACCUUCUUCUUGGCCCUGCAGAAGCUGGUGGAGCAGGUCCAGGCCAAUCCGGACGCAGAGUCCUCACGGCCCACCCUGCCCUUCCUCCGCAGGCUCUACCCCCGCCUCCAGACAUGGUUUGAGUGGUACAACACCACCCAGAUAGGCCCGCUGCCCAACUCCUACCGCUGGCGGGGCCGCGACAAGGACACCAACCUCUUUCUCAAUCCCAAGACGCUGACGUCCGGCCUGGAUGACUAUCCGCGGGCCUCGCACCCAUCAGCCGAGGAGCGCCAUGUGGACCUGCACUGCUGGAUGGCCCUGGCGUCGGGCACCAUGGCCAGCGUGGCCCGGCUGCUGGGAGAGCCCCACCAGGAGUACGAGCGCACCCACCAGACGCUCAGCGACAACGCACUGCUGGAAGAGCUGCACUGGUCAGACCAGCUUCGCUCCUUCAGCGACUAUGGAAACCACACGCAGGCGGUGUCGCUGCAGCAGGAGAAGGUGUACGUCCCCCCGGGGCAGCCGAGGCACCAGUUUCCCGUGGCGCGCCUGGUGCGCUCGGUGCGCCGGGCCCCCAAGUCGCAGUUCGUCAAUGCUUUGGGCUACAUCAGCCUAUUCCCCUUCCUGCUAUACGUCCUGACGCCCGACUCACCCAAGCUUGAGCACAUCUUCAGAGACAUGAGGGACGCGGACAAGCUGUGGACGCCCUACGGCCUUCGCUCUCUGUCCAGGGCCGACCCGCUCUACAUGAAGCGCAACACUGAGCAUGACGCCCCCUACUGGCGGGGCCCCAUAUGGAUCAACAUCAACUACCUGGCCGUCAGGGCCCUGCACCACUAUGGCAACACUGAGGGGCCAUAUCAGGAGAAGGCAGCCGCCCUCUACCAGGAACUCAGAACUAAUAUCAUGAACAAUGUUUACAGACAGUAUGUAGAGACUGGGUAUAUCUGGGAACAGUACAAUGACAGCACGGGCAGUGGGCAAGGGAGUCACCCCUUCACUGGCUGGUCGGCACUAACUGUUUUGAUAAUGGCUGAGCAGUAUUGACACUGAUGCAAAAAAUCUCAUCUCGCUUUUUUUGUAAGAUGUUCUCAAAAGAAUUGCCAUUUUUACUCCAUCUGUCUCCUUAACGUCAACAGAUGUUAAGUCUAUGGGCCAACUCCAAUGUUCCAAUUCUUCCCCUUUGGCUGUCUCAGUGAGUGUUUGUACAAAGCCCAUACCCCAAAGUACGGAUGAAAGGUUAUUUUUGAAUAGCCCAUAUACUUAUCAAUGAACUCCCCAAGUGCCGCCUGACUGAGUUCUCUGUCUGUCUGAUGGCAGAAACCUUUUAAGAACUAUAGUAACAAUAGUAGUACUAAAGAAUAGUCUUGACAUAAAUCAUUCAUACAGUAUCAUAUCAAGACUACCGUACUAUAGGAAGUAAUGCACUUUUUCAAAGUCGAUCAUUCAAACUUUUUUUUGUCUCUGGAGAUGCAUUUUCUGUUGAGCAAAGUAAUACCUAUAAUUGGUGGGCCUAUUGAGAAAUAGUAUAUUCCGUCUUAACAAAUAUUUGAUCCCCAGGUUCAUUUUGUUUCUGGUUGCUUUGUCCCCUCAUACAAUCUCAUUUAAGCCCGUAUAAAAUUAAGAAAUAAGUUUUGUUUUCCCCAAAUGUUUUGCUGCAAAUAAACGGUUUCCUGUUCAUUUUAUCAAUGCAAAACAAGACACGGAUGUAUCUCCACCGGUAGCAGAUAUCCUUCACGGCACGGAAUAACAUGAGUAACUUCCUUGCGUUGGUUUGUUACAUCUUCAGUGAAAAGAACAAUAAAUAUGUCAACGCCUUGUGUGUCGUGUCGAUGACCUGUGCUGAUUACUUU